AUGACUCGCGUGCCCGGUGAAGAAUUAGGCCAAGUUUUUGAAUCCCUCAGUGACGAGGAUAAAAAUUCAAUUCUAGAAGAGCUUAAAGGCUACCUAAAAAUCAUACGAGGGUGGUCAAGUCCCUGGGGUGGGCAAAGAAUUUGCUCUCUUCGAGGUACCUCGAUAAGGAGUGUCCGCCUUCCCGGUCAUUUUGCUGGUCCAUUUGAGUCAGAGGCAGAUUUCAAUGAGUACCUCAUACGGCCUGCUUGGUCGGGUGGUUUCUCAUCAGACACGGAAUACAAAGAUGCACUCAAUCGCGUCAAAGUGAUGGGAAGCUUGCCUCAUCGCGUUGUUUUUACCCACGGAGAUUUAAAGCACCAUAACAUUCUGGUACAAGGGGGCAAGAUCACCGGAUUUUUGGAUUGGGAAUCGGCAGGCUGGUACCCUGAAUAUUGGGACUUCACUACUGCUUUGAGGUUCACGCAGGAGGAUUUUUGGUGGUACAGCUUUGUGAUCAAACUCGGUGGAGACUCAUAUUUGGCAGAGAUGGAUUGUGAGAAGGCCUUGACUUCUCUGACCGGCGCUUCUUACUAUUGGUAG